CCGCUGUUCAGUCAAAUUUCCAGUAUUUUUCGCUGCGUCGUCGUAAUUUCUCCACUUCUUCAGCUCGAAGCAAAAUCAGUUCAAUCAAAUCGGGGUGUAUGUUUACCUGAUCAUUCCAGUGGAAGUGGAGGAGCUAGAGCUCUGUUGUUUCGUGGUAAAGUUACGGAGCUAGGAUGAAGAAUAAUAUUUAGUUCUUAUUCUUUGGAGAUGGAAGACGAAGAAACAAAUAAAGAAAGUUCUGGGAAGAACCAUGAACUGCAGAAAGAAGGCGCUAGUUUAGAUGAUACAGUAAGAAUUUCUGAAGCUGGAAAUGAGGCUGAUAACAGUGAUGUCGCGUUGGAAGGUGCUGCUUUAGUGUCUUCUGUAUUAGAUGAUGGUCUUUUUGAGCAUGUUUCUUUGAACGAUCAGGAUGGAAAUGGUGAGGAGUUGAAUAACCCUUUGAGUCCUGAUGAGUUAAGGCAUUCGCCGACAGGAAGUGAUUCUGCAUUUGAGCUUUCUUUGGCAAGUCCUCAAUCAUCAAUGUUUGGUUCUCCCCAGAAUGUAAAGCUGCCUCAUAAUGGUUAUCAUUCUAGCCCUGGUCUUGAGAUAGAUUCCAACUAUGGUGUUAGAGAAUCUUCUUCUUCUGUUAGUCUUGAAUCUACUCGGCCAUCGUAUGGUGAUACUGGAUUCUCUCCCAUCGACUCACCUCAAAGGAUCAAACCUGAGCAGGUUAUGCCUAAUGUAUCUCCAGAGCUUUUACAUUUAGUAGAUUCAGCUAUCAUGGGGAAAGCUGAAAGCUUGGAAAAACUGAAGGAUAUCAUUAGUGGUGUUGAGGGCCUUGAGGGUGAUGAUGAGGCCAUUGCUAAGGCUUACUCAGUUGUUGAUUCGCUUCUUGCCACUAUGGGAGGUGUUGAGUCUUUUGAAGAGGAUGAUGAAAAUCCACCCAGUGUGAUGCUGAACUCUAGGGCUGCAAUAAUUGCUGGUGAGCUCAUUCCUUGGCUUCCUGAAAAUGGGGAUUUUGAGGGUUUCAUGUCUCCUAGGACUCGCAUGGUGAGAGGAUUGUUAGCUAUUUUACGUGCUUGCACUAGGAACAGAGCAAUGUGCUCUGUGGCUGGUUUAUUAAAAGUACUUCUUUGCUCCGCUGAGAGGAUAUUUGCUCAGGAUACUAGUUCAACUGAGAAAAUUAAAUGGGAUGGAUCUCCUCUGUGUACCUGCAUUCAAUACUUAGCUGGGCAUUCUCUUAGUCCUCGUGAUUUACACCAUUGGCUUCAAGUCAUCAAUAGAACACUCACCACUGUGUGGGCAGCUCACUUAAUUGGUUCUUUGGAGAAAGCAAUGGGUUCAGAGGAGACCAUGGGACCAGCAAGUACUUUUGAGUUUGAUGGUGAAAGCUCAGGUCUUCUAGGUCCAGGAGAGAGCAGAUGGCCUUUUUCCAAUGGAUUUGCUUUUGCAACUUGGAUCUACAUUGAAUCAUUUGCGGACAAUAUUAGUACAGCAACUACUGCUGCUGCAAUUGCAAUGGCUGCUGCUGCCACAUCAGGGAAAUCAUCUCCCAUGUCCGCUGCUGCAGCUGCUAGUGCACUAGCUGGUGAAGGUACUGCACACAUGCCUCGAUUGUUCAGUUUCUUAUCAACUGACAAUCAAGGGAUGGAAGCAUAUUUUCAUGCGCAAUUUUUAGUUGUUGAGUGUGCGAGUGGGAAGGGAAGGAAAGCUUCUCUGCAUUUCACUCAUGCAUUCAAGCCACAGUGUUGGUAUUUUAUUGGCCUUGAGCAUACCUGCAAGCAGGGGCUCCUUGGAAAGUCAGAAAGUGAGUUGAGAUUAUAUGUUGAUGGUUCUUUGUAUGAAAGCCGUCCUUUUGAUUUCCCAAGAAUUUCGAAGCCACUUGCAUUUUGCUGCAUUGGUACUAACCCUCCUCCAACUAUGGCUGGAUUACAACGUCGCCGCCGCCAGUGCCCGUUGUUUGCUGAGAUGGGGCCUGUAUAUAUUUGCAAAGAAGCUAUUGGGCCAGAAAGGAUGUUCCGUUUAGCUAAAAGAGGAGGGGAUAAGCUACCGUCAUUUGGUAAUGCUGCUGGUUCCCCAUGGCUAUCAGCCAAUGUUCAUGUCCAAGGAAUGGCUCAGGACAGUGCACUUCUAGAUGCUGAAAUUUCUGGGUGCAUUCAUCUUCUGUACCAUCCUAAUUUGCUCAGUGGCCGUUACUGUCCAGAUGCUUCUCCAGCUGGUGCUGCAGGCAUGGUCCGAAAGCCUGCAGAGGUUCUUGGUCAAGUGCAUGUUGCUAAAAGAAUGCGCCCAGCAGAAGCUUUGUGGGCCUUGGCUCAUGGUGGCCCUUUGUUUUUGCUUCCUUUGGUAGUCAACAAUGUGCAUGAGAAUAGUCUGGAGCCACAGCAAGGCAGCCCUUCUUUAAUUUUGACCACAACCCCACUGGCUGCUCCCAUAUUCAGAAUAAUAUCUUUGGCCAUUAAGCACCCUGGUAAUAAUGAAGAGAUUUUCCGCCGAAGAGGCCCUGAAAUAUUGUCUCAAAUUUUGAAUUAUCUCCUUCAGAUGUCCUCUUCACUUAAUGUUGCAAAACAUGAUGUGAAUGAGGAACUUGUUUCUGCUAUUGUGUCUUUAUGUCAAUCUCAGGCGAUCAACCAUACCCUCAAAGUGCAUCUAUUUAGUACACUGCUUCUUGAUUUGAAAAUUUGGAGUAUAUGCAGUUAUGGACUGCAAAAAAAGCUUUUGUCAUCACUUGCGGAUAUGGUUUUUGCUGAAUCAACGGUAAUGCGAGAUGCUAAUGCUAUACAGAUGCUCUUAGAUGGUUGCAGACAAUGCUAUUGGACUGUCCGCGAAAGUGACUCUGUUAAUAGUUCCAUGAAUGAGGAUGCUCGCAUUGUUGGUGAAGUAAAUGCUUUAGUUGAUGAACUCUUGGUGGUUAUUGAACUUUUGAUAGUAGCAGCCCCACCAUCCUUGGCUGCAGAUGAUCUCAGGUGUUUGUUGGGCUUCAUGGUUGACUGUCCCCAACCAAAUCAGGUUGCGAGGGUGCUACACCUGCUUUACAGAUUGGUGGUUCAGCCAAAUAUGUCCAGAGCUCAUAAUUUUGCUGAGGCAUUUAUAUCAUGCGGUGGCAUAGAAACUAUUCUUGUUCUCUUGCAGCGUGAAGCAAAAUUAGGAGAUUGUGAUACACCUGAGUUGUUAAGUGAGCAUAAUGAGGUUUUAUUAUCAGUGAAAACAGAUCUAGAUAGUGCAGAAGGAACUUCUGCAGAAACUGGUGAGAGAUCUUUGGAAACAAAUGAUUUGACACUACACGAAAAUGCUUCUGAACCUGUGGAUAAUAUCAGUGGUUAUGGUGUAUCCGACGUUCCGUCUAGAUCCAAAGAUCCUUCCAACGACAACACGAGUGAUAUAAAUUAUACAAUAAGUGCUGAAAAUGCACGAAACAAUGUGUACAAUGUUGAAAGAAGCGAUGCUAUCAUUGUGGCCAUAAUAAAUCUUUUGAGUGCUUUAAUGAUAUCUGGACAUUUGAAAUUUGAUGCACCGUCCCCUCAAAAUGUAUCAGGCAGCCUUAUUGGUUUGCUUGAGGGUGGAGGUUCCAUGUUUGACGAUAAGGUUUCUCUCCUUCUCUUUGGUCUACAAAAGGCUUUCCAAGCAGCACCAAACCGGCUUAUGACCUCUGGUGCAUAUACUGCAUUAUUGGCUGCCUCAAUAAACGAGUCUUCUGCAGAUGAUGGACUAAACUUCCAUGAUUCAAGCCAUCGUUUUGUGCACUUCCAGAUUUUACUGGUUCUUCUUCGAUCUCUUCCAUACGCAUCAACAACGUUGCAAAGCCGAGCGCUACAGGAUCUUCUGAUUUUGGCUUGUAGUCAUCCAGAAAAUAGAAGUAGCCUGACAAGCAUGGAAGAAUGGCCUGAGUGGAUUUUAGAGAUUCUUAUUUCUAAUCACGAGAAAGGCGCAGCUACAAAUGCCAAUUUGUCUAACUUGAGAGAUGUAGAGGACUUCAUCCACAAUUUUUUACUCAUUAUUUUAGAGUACUCAAUGCGCCAGAAGGAUGGUUGGAAGGAUGUUGAAGCUACAAUUCAUUGUGCAGAAUGGCUUACUAUGGUAGGUGGAUCUAGCACUGGAGAUCUAAGAAUCAGGCGUGAGGAAUCAUUCCCCAUUUUUAAAAGGAGACUUUUGAGCUGCUUGCUGGACUUCGCUACUAGAGAAUUGCAGGCUCAGACUCAAGUUAUUGCUGCCGCAGCUGCUGGUGUGGCAGCUGAGGGAUUGGCACCCAAGGAUGCAAAGGUGGAAGCAGAGAAUGCUGCUCAGCUUUCCGUGUCUUUGGUUGAGAAUGCAAUUGUGAUCUUAAUGCUUGUUGAGGACCAUUUGCGGUUACAAAGCAAACUUUAUAGUGCUUCAUGUUUACCAACUACAUUUGCAGCUCAACCCACUAAUGUGUUUAGCAUGGGCAGUCGCCCUUUAAGUACAGUGCAUGAGGAUACAUCAGAUCCCGUCUCAUCUCAUACUUCAUCAUCCAAUGAUACUGGGGGACUCUCUCUUGAUGUUCUUGCUUCAAUGGCCGAUGCUGGUGGGAAAAUCCCUACAGCUGCAAUGGAACGACUGACUGCUGCUGCCGCUGCAGAGCCAUAUGAUUCUGUUUCUUGUGCAUUUGUGUCAUAUGGAAGCUGUGUAACAGAUUUAGCCGAGGGGUGGAAGUACCGAAGUCAAUUGUGGUAUGGAAUUGGACUUCCUACUGAGACAUCAGUGUUUGGUGGAGGUGGCAGUGGUUGGGAGUCUUGGAAAUCUGCAUUGGAGAAGGAUGCUAAUGGAAACUGGAUUGAACUUCCUUUAUUAAAGAAAUCAGUUGCAAUGCUUCAAGCUCUGUUAUUAGAUGAAUCCGGGCUAGGUGGUGGUCUUGGUAUUGGUGGAGGAUCUGGUACUGGAAUGGGAGGCAUGUCAGCACUUUACCAGCUUCUCGAUAGCGACCAACCAUUCUUCUGUAUGCUUCGAAUGGUGCUUGUGUCUUUAAGAGAGGAUGAUAAUGGUGAAGAUCAUAUGUUAAUGAGGCAUGUGACAAUUGAAGAGAGAUCAGAGGAGAAUGUUCCUCAUCAAACUACCAAUGUUGUGUCUUUUGAUGCAAACAACAGACUGCAAACCAGAAAACCACGAUCUGCAUUGCUUUGGAGUGUUUUAUCUCCAAUCUUGAACAUGCCUAUUUCUGAGAUGAAGAGGCAGCGAGUUUUAGUUACAUCAUGUGUUUUGUAUUCUGAGGUAUGGCAUGCAAUUGGGAGGGACCGAGUUCCCCUACGUAAACAAUAUUUGGAGGCCAUCAUACCACCCUUUGUUGCUGUUCUGAGAAGGUGGCGGCCCCUUUUAGCUGGGAUUCAUGAACUUGCUACUGCGGAUGGUAUAAAUCCCCUUGUUGUUGAUGACCAUGCCUUGGCUGCAGAUGCUUUGCCUGUUGAGGCUGCUCUUGCUAUGAUAUCUCCUAGCUGGGCUGCUUCGUUUGCUUCACCUCCUGCUGCUAUGGCAUUAGCAAUGAUUGCUGCUGGUGCAUCUGGUGGAGAAACUUCUGCUCCUUCAAAAAGCUCACAGCUUCGACGCGAUUCAUCAUUGCUUGAGCGGAAAACAGGUAAACUUCAUACAUUUUCAAGCUUUCAGAAACCUUUGGAGACACCUAGCAAAUCUCCAAACAUUCCAAAGGACAAGGCUUCUGCAAAAGCAGCUGCAUUAGCUGCAGCAAGAGACCUUGAGCGCAAUGCAAAAAUUGGUGCCGGACGAGGUCUUAGUGCUGUGGCAAUGGCUACAGCUGCACAGCGGAGGACUAAAAGUGAUGGUGAGCGUGUAAGGCGAUGGAAUAUUACUGAAGCCAUGGGAAUUGCUUGGAUGGAAUGCUUACAGUCUAUGGACUCAAAAUCUGUAUAUGGCAAGGACUUCAAUGCCCUUUCCUACAAGUUUAUCGCUGUUCUUGUUGGAAGUUUAGCUUUGGCCAGAAACAUGCAGCGAUCUGAGGUUGACAGAAGGGCACAAGCUAUUGUAAUAUCUCAGCAUCAAUCAUACACAGGAAAACGUGAAUGGCGCAAGCUUAUCCACUGUCUGAUAGAAAUGAAAUGCCUUUUUGGGCCUUUUAGUGGUGAUCUAUGCAAUCCUCAGCGCGUUUUCUUGAAACUUGAUUUCAUGGAAAGUUCCUCGAGGAUGAGGAUGAUUUUACGUAGAAACUACCAAGGCUCCGAUCACCGUGGUGCUGCUGCAAAUUAUGAUGAUCAUAUUGACCAGAAGCAUGAUAAAGACAGAGCAAUAAAUCCAUCUGAGGCCUCUACCUUAGCUGCAGAAGCCAUCUCAGCUGAUGUAGAAAUUGAGGAAGAUGAGCAUGAUACUGCUUAUUUGGAUACAAAUAAUGAACACCCUAGUGAUAUACAGUUAAGAUCCCCAUCUGGAGAGCAUCCACAAGCAUCACCAGAGUCCACAGGUGCUCCAGUGACCAGUGGCCUUGACUCCACUCCAAUCCCAGCAGGAGUUGCCCCUGGCUACGUUCCUAGUGAACAAGAUGAAAGAAUUGUAUUUGAGCUCCAAUCAUCCAUGGUCCGUCCCUUAAAGGUUCUAAAGGGAACUUUUCAAAUAACUACUAGAAGGAUCAAUUUUAUUGUUGAUCACAUGGAUAAUAGUAUUUCCGGAGAUGUUGACUGCAAAGAAUUUAAUGAAGUCCAAGAAAAAGAUCAAAGCUGGUUGAUUUCUUCACUUCACCAGGUGUACAGCAGAAGAUAUCUUCUAAGACGAAGUGCCCUUGAAUUGUUCAUGGUUGACCGAUCAAAUUUCUUUUUUGAUUUUGGGAGUACUGAGGGACGGAGAAAUGCAUACCGUGCUAUUGUACAAGCUCGUCCUCCUUAUUUGAACAAUAUCUACCUUGCAACUCAGAGACCCGAACAACUCCUGAAAAGAACUCAGCUUAUGGAACGUUGGGCUAGAUGGGAGGUAUGCUCAAGCUCAAAAGUUAAAAAUUCUCUGCAGAUCAGCAAUUUUGAGUACUUAAUGCAGCUUAAUACAUUGGCUGGACGCAGUUACAAUGAUAUCACACAGUAUCCUGUGUUCCCAUGGAUCCUUUCUGACUAUAGCUCAAAGAGUUUGGAUCUUAGGAACUCAUCAUCUUUUCGAGAUCUCUCAAAGCCUGUUGGCGCCCUCAAUGUUGAUAGACUGGAGAAAUUCCAAGAAAGAUACGCCAGCUUUGAUGAUCCAGUUAUUCCCAAAUUCCACUAUGGUUCACAUUACUCAACAGCUGGAACUGUAUUGUAUUACCUCACUAGAGUAGAGCCUUUUACUACCCUUUCUAUUCAACUUCAAGGUGGAAAGUUUGAUCAUGCUGACAGAAUGUUCUCAGACAUUGGCACAACUUGGAGUGGAGUUCUGGAGGACAUGAGUGAUGUAAAGGAACUGGUUCCUGAGUUGUUUUAUCUUCCAGAGAUUUUAACCAAUGAAAACUCAAUUGAUUUUGGAACCACACAACUUGGUGAAAAGAUUGAUUCUGUUCACCUACCUCCUUGGGCUGAAAGUCCUGUUGACUUUAUCCACAAGCAUCGAAUGGCUCUUGAAAGUGACCAUGUUUCAGAACACUUGCAUGAAUGGAUUGAUCUCAUUUUUGGGUAUAAGCAACGUGGAAAAGAAGCUAUACAGGCAAAUAACGUUUUCUUUUACACCACAUAUGAAGGAGCUGUAGAUAUCGAUAAAAUAUCUGACCCAGUACAACAGCAGGCCAUCCAAGAUCAGAUUGCUUACUUUGGCCAAACCCCAUCACAACUUCUAAGUGUACCACACAUGAAGCGGAUGCCACUAUCAGAUGUCCUUCACAUGCAGACCAUUUUCCGGAAUCCCAGUGAGGUGAAGUCGUAUACUGUUCCCUACCCUGAGCGAUGCAAUCUGCCUGCUGCUGCCAUUCAUGCAUCUUCAGACUCUCUUGUCAUUGUCGAUAUAAGUGCUCCUGCAGCUCAUGUAGCACGGCAUAAGUGGCAACCAAACACACCUGAUGGCCAAGGGGCACCUUUUCUGUUUCAACAUGGAAGGCCUGAUGUAGGUAAUCCUGGUGGGACUUUGAUGCGAAUGUUUAGAACGCCAACUGCCCCAGGAUCAGAAGAUUGGAAUUUCCCACAGGCAUUGGCAUUUCCCACUGCUGGAAUUCAAAGCACAAGGGUUGUUUCAAUAACUUCUGACCAAGAAAUCAUCACAGGAGGGCAUGCAGACAAUAGUGCGAGGUUGAUUUCAGCUGAUGGGGCCAAGACAUUGGAAAUAGCAAGAGGACAUUGUGCUCCAGUGACAUGCCUGGCCAUCUCUCAUGAUAGUACAUAUCUCGUGACUGGAUCAGGGGAUACAACAGUUUUACUCUGGAAAUUGCAUCCGUCAUCAAUUUCACACUCUAUUAGCUCUUUGGAGACAUCCAGUAAUGCAAGCACACCUCCAUCCACAGGCAGUGGAGCUGCAAGGAAUAACUUAGCAAAAAAUGUUAAGUCACGUCGAAUUGAGGGCCCCAUUCAUGUUCUUCGAGGUCAUCUAGGAGAAAUAACAUGCUGUGCAGUCAGUUCAGACCUUGGAAUUGUUGCUUCCUGCUCCAACACUUCAGAAGUCUUGCUUCAUUCAAUAAGGCGAGGCCGGCUGAUUAGGAGACUUGUUGAUGUGGAAGCUCACUUGUUGUGUCUGUCAUCUGAUGGUCUCAUAAUUACGUGGAACAAAUAUUUAUGCAUGCUGAGGACCUAUACUCUCAAUGGAACUCUGGUUUCUAAGAAACAGCUUCCAGUUUCAUCAGUCAUUAGUUGCAUAGAGAUUUCUGCUGAUGGACACAGCGCAGUGGUUGGGUUGAACCCAUCUUUAGAAAAUGUAGUCUUGGAGAACAGCCACAAUUUGGCGCAAUCUGAAAGUUCUGAUCAUGAAUCAAAUGCAGAGAACAUGCUGAAUUUACUUUUGCCAUCUAUUUGCUUCUUCGAUGUGUAUUCUCUUAAGGUCUUUCACACAAUUGAACUUGCAGAAGGUCAAGACAUUACAGCAAUUGCAUUGAACAAGGAUAACACAAAUCUUUUGGUAUCAACAGCAAAUAAACAGUUGCUGAUAAUCACAGAUCCUUCCCUGAGCUUAAAAGUUGUCGAUCAGAUGCUCAAACUGGGGUGGGAAGGUGAUGGAUUGUCCCCCCUCAUUAAGUGAGUUAUUAUCUUCAGAUAUCUUCAUAUAGAAUCAACACUCCCGGAGCAGCAACGUAUGAUCGCCAUGCAUUUGAAACUGAGCUAUUCCUUCUACAUUCAAAGAUACAAUGCCAUCGUUAUGUCCCAUGUUUAUAAAUAGCUGUAUUUUUUGCACUGAUGUGCAAAUUUUGUCACUCAAAAUGCCCUAUAUGACCUUCUGCUAAUGUUGUAUGUUUUUGUUCAUUAUUUUGAACACCCAUUGUUAUAAUGUGUAGAAAAUCAUGAGUUGGAACAUGCUUGGGGCUCAUGCCUCCGUGAUAUGUACUACACUCCAACCCGAGGUUUGUAAUCGGUUGUGUACAUUUAUCAAGAUUUAUUUGUUUAGAUA